AUGAUGUUGAAUACUGCAUCACCUUCAUGCUAUUCUUCGAAAGUGCAACAUCUGAGUAAAUCACGCGGUAAAUUACCUGCAUCAUCUAGGCUUCUUAGACCGAAAGGGAAGGCUCGUGAAAAAAAAAAGUUUUUUGGUGUAACGUCAUCGAUUUUGGAUAAAAGUUCUCUUCCGCUGUCGGGGCUACAGGGCAAAGCUAUUGUAUUCCCACCCAAGGAUGAAUUUCCGAGCAGAUCUGAAGUCCUUUCAAACAUACCUGACGAGUGUUUCAAAAAAGAUACGAUGAAAUCUCUUGCGUAUACUGUUCUUUCCACAGUUUUAACUGCGUUCUGUGGAGCACUUGCUUUUGCAUUUAUCCCUUUAGAACUGUGUUGGUUGCCAGUUUGGUUGAGCUAUGCUGCCGUAACCGGGACAAUUGCAACUGGAUGUUGGGUGAUCGCUCAUGAAUGUGGACAUAACGCUUUCAGUGAGAAUCGCAUACUCCAGGAUUUCGUUGGAUAUUCUUUGCACUCACUCUUAUUAGUACCAUAUUUUUCUUGGCAAAGGUCACACGCUGUUCAUCACAGUAGAACCAAUCAUUUAACAGAGGGUGAAACUCAUGUUCCAUAUGUUAAGGGUGAAGUAAAGGGUGACUUAAACCUGAAUGCACGAAAAGGAUUAGGAGAAGGUCUAUUUACUUUCAUUCAACUCCUCACACAUUUAGUAUUUGGGUGGCCAGCAUAUUUGAUUACUGGUGCUACUGGUGGCAGUGCACGUGGAAUCACAAAUCAUUUUUUACCUUGGAUAAAUACAGGAGAGCUAGAGUUGUUUCCCCGGAAGUUGGAAAAAAAAGUAAUCUUUUCUCUCGGUUAUUGGGUUUAUUGUUGUGGUGUGCAACCCUUUGUUUCACUUUACCUUGGACCAUAUAUAUUUGUGAAUAUUUGGCUGGUCCUCUAUACAUGGCUUCAACAUACCGACACAGAUGUUCAGCAUCUUGCAGCCGAGGAGUGGAGCUAUAUUAAAGGCGCAUUCUUGACUAUCGACCGUCCUUAUGGUGCUGUUUUUGAUUUUCUACACCAUCGAAUUGGGAGCACUCACGUUGCACAUCAUAUUGAGUGCUCGAUUCCACACUAUAAGGCACAGUUGGCAACUUCAGCUUUGAAGUCAAAAUAUCCAAACUUCUACUUGUAUGAUCCGACCCCGAUUUGGUCAGCACUCUUGCGUGUAGCCUCUUUAUGUGUGGCUGUUGAGAAGCGUGGGGAAGGUCGUGAUACAAUGUGGACAUUUACAUCAAGUGCAUCAUAA